GUGUAAUGUCACGCCCUCAGUUGGGCUCAUCUUAUUGUGUUCGUUACAGAGUAAUCACGUACGGGAAGCAGGAAGGCGCAGAAUACCACAAACAUCUUUGCACCAAUAGAAAGAUCCCACAGAAGAAAAUGUUCCACUUGACUGGCCAAUCACAUUGAACACUUUGUCUUCAAAGGCAUCACAUCUUUGGGUAAAAUCAGUCUGUCUGUUAACUUUCGGUCAUCAUCACUCAUGGACGGGCUGCACACUUUUCUAGUCGCUCUCUUAGGAGUUGCAUCCUGCAGUCAUGAUUGGAUCUCUGGAUCAGUGACAGUCAGACCAGGAGACAACAUCACUCUCUACUGUGAUUGUAAAUCAUCAUCUGGAGUAUUCAUAGUGUGGUACAGGAACUGCUCUCAUGAGAACCAGCCUCCUCUCGUCCUUAAAGUCAAACCAUUAUACAAUCUGGACAGUGACACUAAAGAUUAUCUGAAAGUUCUUCAUCAUUUUCAAUUUGUGAGAAACUCUUCUUCUAAUUCUUAUGACCUGCUGAUCAUGAACAUCACUGAUUCUGAUGAGGGACUCUACUACUGUGGAACUGAAGAGAGUAAAGUGGAGGAUAAAGAAUUCAUUGGCCUCAAAACUCUUUACAGAAACGGAAACGUCACAACAAGGAUCUCAAUCAGUCCAGACUGCAGCGAUUCUCCGCUCCAGACUCCAGAAUGUCUCUGUCCUCUGUGUUGGACUCUGCUGGUCUCUCUGUGUCCAGCUAUUGCUGUCCUCUCCUCCGUCCUCUCCUCUCUUCUAGUUUAUCAUCUGUGUCAGAAAAAAGCUCCACAACCUGAUCAGCAAACACCUCAAAGAAGACAGCAUGGGGAUGAAGAUGUGUGCUAUGCUGCACUGGAAAUCCAACAGACAUCACACAGACCAAAGAAGAAGAUCCAGAGUUCUGACUUCAGCACCUAUUCUGCCAUCAAUACUUCGAGGAUAUAGAGUCUAAAAAAGAAAAAAUAACGACCACGAAUCUACAACAUCUAAUGAUGGGAUCACAGCACCUAUAACACCGACCAGCAAAGGCCCAUCUUUGACCUCGACCUUUAGGUGCAUCACAAAACCUGCACCAGAAUACCAACACCUGUCACAGUACUAGAACCAACUUGGUGGUAGUAACCCUUACAGCAGGCGCCUCUAGGAUCUCAUUUCUCAUUGAUGACACACUCUCAAGGUGACAUGAAAGACGCCUUUGCAGCUGACAUGACAACAAAAAACCUUCUGUUAUUGACGGACUGCAGAUCAAUUUACAAGCUCUUUUACUUUACUUCUUCCCCCACUUCAGUACUCUGAGGAGCAG